AUGGCUUCAGGUCGCGAUGUGCGCGAUAUGCUGGGGCUGCCUCUCGGCGAUGUAGCACCCCCAACAGCGCAGAAGAAAUCGAAGAAGGGCGGCGGAUCGAAACGAAUACAGGGCGUUGCGCGUGAAGUCGCGGCGCUGUAUGGCGAGCGACCACCACCAGUGGCAGUCUACGAAGAGAAGAAGGCAUACCGCGCGAAGAGGCAGAACACCGGUCCUGCAAAGAAAUGGAUACAACAGCCAUUUACGAACCCAGCGCGCUCUGAUGGCCUCGUCCUCAAGCAUUGGCGGCGCAAACCCAUGAUGGCACCACCGGUGCAGGAAGGUGAAGAUGCUGAAAUGCCAGACAGCGAACCUACGGGCUAUCUCGAAUCGUGCGGCGACUAUGUCAAGUACAACAUCACGGUCGAUAUGCCCGACUUUACAGACGAGGAAUACGAUGCACACCUACGAAGCGACGAUUGGAGCCGAGAGGAGACAGACUACUUGUUCGGUAUUGUAAAAGACUACUCGUACCGGUGGGCAGUGAUAUGGGAUCGCUACGAAUGGCAGACGCUCAAGAGACGGGAGCGAGAGCUUGCGCAAGCUGCACAACAGGACAACGGCGAUGCUGAUUCAAACUCCCUGGCUACAUUGCCGUUCGCGCCCCCACGAGACAAAGAACGUUCCCUAGAGGAAAUGAAGGCGCGCUUCUACGACAUUUCCGCCAAGCUGAUGAAGCUCCGCAUCCCUGAGGUUCAGAUGGACGCCGACCAAUACGGCCUCUACGAAACGUUAUCCAAGUUCGACCCGGUCAUGGAGCGCAACCGCAAGAUGCUCGCCACAGCGCUCAUGAACAGAAACAUGGACGAAGUCAAGGAAGAAGAGUUCCUCCUCACAGAGCUGCAACGCAUCAACAUGGCCGCCGUGCGCCUCGACGCCGAACGCGAAGAACUCCGCUCCCGUCUCGAUGCGCCGCAAGCCAACACCUCUACCGCUGCAGGUCUGCAGUCCUUUACCUCCAGCGCAGCGCUGCAAGCACUUUUCCAGCAACUCUUCCAGCAGGACCGCAGCAAGAAGCGCUCAUCGGGCGGCUCCAACGCGCCAGGCCGCCUCUCCCUUUCCGCAAACGACAUGAUCAACACACCCGCAGGUGUAUCCUCCAACCCAGCAAACCGACGAACAAGCAUGGCGCUCCCUCCCUCGGCGCCCUCGCAGACACCGGUCAAAACCCUCUCCCCCCACCAAGAGCACCGCUUCGCCGUCUCGACGCACGACCGGCUUACUUCAGGCGUAACCUUUGGCUCGGACAAGCUGCUUAAGAUGCGCCAAGCGAAAUCGAACGUGCAGACGCAGAAAAUCGCAUCGGCGCUGCAAGAGUUGGGGGUCCCAGAUGUCAUCCCGCUCCCGACCAGCAAAGUAGCCGACGUGUUCGAGCAGCUCGUCGCCAAAGUAGGUCGGCUGCUCGACGUGCGCAAAGUCAAGGAGAAAGAAAUGGGCGAAUGCCGAGUGCUGAGCCGGAUGAAGGCCGUGCGCGCAGGCACGGGUAGCGGCGCCGUCAAGCAGGAGGGCGGCGAGGUCGACGCAGAUAAAAAGGAAGUGACAGAUAGUCAGGGGACGCCCGUGGGCGACAGCAACGAGGACGGCGCAGGUGAUGACGACGAGGACGAUGACGACGAUGCCGAGGGCGAAGACGACACAGGCGCGCAGAACACGCCGGCCAAUGCGGACCGCGAUGACGGCGACGGCGACGACGAUAAUGACGACGACGAAGACGAUGGCGAUGGCGAGGGUGAUGGCGAGGGUCAUGCUGACGGUGCAAGGGACGACGGUCAGGCCGAUGCAGACGUCGACGACGUCGAUGCAGAAGGCGAGGACGAGAGUGCAGCCCAAACGAGCCGUGCUACGAGUCAAGGCGCAGGACACAAGAGGAGCGCCAGCGAGCUCAGCGAGGGGAGCCAGCCGAGCGAGAAGCGGGCGAGGAAGUAG